GGGUGGAGUAAAAUUGAGUGGGUUGAUUGGUUUUGGCAGUAGAUAGCAAAAAGAAACAAGCUCUCCAAAUCAAUGAAAGCUUGCAAUAAAUUGUGUGAUCUAGUAAUUUCGAAAGCAUGUGAGAAACACAGCAUGUCAACGUUGAACCCUUAUCCUUCACACAUACAACCAAAUCCAAUUUCUGGCUCACAGACAAGCAUCAACUUAUCAUCACACACCCAAAAACGAAAGCAAAACAAAACACAGAGCCACUUGAAAAAACAAGUGUGGAAUAGAAUCCAUGGCGGCAGAGUAUCCAAAUUCAAGAAAGUCCAACACUCAAAUCCUCCAAGAGCUGGAGGACCUGAGCGACUCCCUGUACCAGAGUCACGUGACAUCCACAACAACACGGAGGACCGCCUCCCUCGUGCUCCCCCGGGAGGCCGUCCCCCCGAUCGAUAAGGAUGGCCUCAACCUCAACCCGAAGCCCCGGUCGAGGCGGAUGUCCCUGUCUCCGUGGCGGUCUAGGCCCAAGAUGGACACAGAGGACGUCCGCCCCAAGGACCCCGUCGCUAAGCCCCUCUUUAGCGACACGCCCACUGAGAAAAAAGGCAUUUGGAAGUGGAAGCCUAUUAGAGCGCUGACGCACAUAGGCAUGCAGAAGCUGAGCUGCCUCUUCUCCGUGGAGGUGGUGGCGGUACAGGGCCUGCCGGCCUCCAUGAACGGCCUCCGCCUCUCUGUCUGCGUCCGCAAAAAGGACUCCAGAGAGGGCGGAGUCCAAACCAUGCCCUCCAGAGUCUCCCAAGGAGCUGCGGAUUUCGAGGAAACUCUCUUCAUCAGAAGCCACGUCUACUACACCCCGCCCACUGGGAGUGGGACCCACAUGAAAUUCGAGCCCAGGCCAUUUCUCAUCUACGUUGCCGCGGUGGAUGCUGACGAGCUGGAUUUUGGUAAGAAAACAGUAGAUUUGAGUGGUUUGAUUCAAGAAUCCAUUGAGAAAAACUUUCAGGGCACGAGAAUCAGGCAAUGGGACACGACCUUUAGCCUCUCUGGGAAGGCUAAAGGAGGUGAGCUGGUUUUGAAGCUAGGCUUCCAAAUCAUGGAGAAGGAUGGAGGGAGUGGCAUUUAUAGCCAGGCAGAAGGCCAGAGGUCCGGGAAAUCCCGGACCCACUCGCCUUCUAUAGCCCGAAAGCACUCCAAGUCAUCCUUCAGCGUUCCCAGCCCAAGGAUGACAAGUCGAGCCGAGAGUUGGACUCCCUCGCAGAAAGGAGCUAACUCGGAAGAUCUCGCUAUGGACGACUUGAAUCUUGAUGAGCCAGCACCCCCGCCUCCACCUCCAGUUCACAAGCCAGAGGUGGAUGACAAUGACCAUGACAUUCUUGAUUUUGAGGUGGAGGACAAGGGAGUUGAGAUCCAAAAUGAGGAGGAGCAGAGUGAGGAGAGUUCAGACAAGAGAUCGGUCUCAAGUGAGGUUGUUAAGGAAAUUGUCCAAGAUCAAUCCCAUCUCACAAGAUUGAAUGAGCUUGACUCCAUUGCUCAGCAAAUCAAGGCCCUUGAAUCCAUGAUGGGAGAUGACAAGACACUCAAAGUCGAUGAGGAGACAGCAUCCUCGCAAGCACUUGAUGCAGAUGAGGAUAAAGUAACUAGGGAGUUUCUCUCAAUGCUUGAAGCUGGGGGAAAUGAUGAUGAUUCUGAUUCUGAUUCCAAGUUUGAAGAUGCUCGAACGCAGGCUCUCAAACUCAACAGCUACGACGAGGGAGAGGGUGCCGAGGCAGAGGUUUUCCUGCCGGACUUGGGCAAGGGAUUAGGCUGCGUGGUGCAGACACGUUACGGGGGCUAUCUAGCCGCUGCAAACCCGUUCAACACGCUUGUGGGAAGGAAAGAGACACCAAAACUAGCAAUGCAGAUGUCCAAAUCAAUGGUGAUCCAAUCAGACAAGGCAGGGUUUGAGUUGUUCCAAAAGAUGGCUGCAUUAGGCCUUGAGAAGCUCUCAUCAGAGCUGCUCUCAUCAAUGGCCAUGGACGAGCUGUCGGGAAAGACAGCAGAGCAGGUCGCGUUUGAAGGCAUUGCAAGCGCGAUCAUCCAAGGAAGGAGGAGCGAGGAGGGCGCCAAAUCAAGUGCAGCGCGCACCAUUGCAGCUGUGAAGUCCAUGGCCAAUAUGAUGAGCAGUGGGAGGAGAGAGAGGGUCGCAAGUGGGAUUUGGAAUGUGAGUGAGGAGGCAGUGACAGUGGACUACAUUCUUGGCUUCUCUCUCCAAAAGAUUGAGGCUAUGGCAGUUGAAGCUCUCAAGAUUCAAGCAGACAUAUCAAAGGAGGAGCCACCAUUUGAUGUCUCACCACUUGAUGGGAGGAGCAUUCUUGAUUCUGCAGUCGCGAUUGAGGAGUGGAUCAACGCGCCUCAGGAGUCCGAGGCCAUCACAGUGGCUGUUUUAGUCCAGCUCCGCGACCCCAUCAGGCAGUUUGAGGCUGUGGGAGGGCCUAUGGUGGCGUUGAUGCACGCUGCAGCUUGCAACGAGGGGUCCGAGGACGGGGAGAGGAGGUACAAGGUGUCGAGUUUGCAAGUGGGAGGGGUGAAGGUGAGGAGUGGAGGGGUGAGGACAGGAUGGGAUACGGAAAAGCAGAGGCUGACUGCAUUGCAGUGGCUCGUGGCACACGGGGUGGGGAAGGCCGGGGGGAAGAAGGGGAGACGCGUUGUCUCAAAGGGGCCGGACGUGCUCUGGAGCAUCUCGUCGCGUGUCAUGGCAGAUAUGUGGCUGAAACCUAUCAGAAAUCCUGAUGUAAAGUUCAACACAAAGUGAGGAAUUUGAGGGUGGAUUUUUAUUUGAGAAUGUGGUGUAGUUUUUUCUUUGUGUUAGGGUGGAGAAGGAUUUUACUUUUCCCACUUUUCACUCCAUAUAUUUGCUGCUAUACUUUCUUUGUUUGGAAAAUUGAAGUAAUAAUUUGCUUAUGUAUACAAGAAGGAUUGCCACUUUUACUUCAUAUAUUUGCUGUUACAUUUUUUGUUUGGGAAGUUGUAACAAUUUGCUUCUGUUUGCAUGAAGGAUUACCACUUUUCACUUGAUA